AUGUCAGGUAGACUAUCAAAUUAUACCUUGUUAAGUCAAACUCCCGACGACUCAUUGUUACCGCAGCCUCCUCUGAGCCGGAUCGGAGCGGCGGUGUUCCCACCGUCGAUCGGUUUGCAGAGGCAGUCGAGCGGCAGUAGCUUUGGUGAUAGCUCGAUCUCGGGAGACUACUACGCUCCUUCAAUUCCUUCGAACCCCGAGAUGGCGUCUUUUGGCCAUAUUAGCAAUGGAGGAAGCGGCGGAUUUAAGGGGACGUCAUGUGGCGGUGGAGGAGGCUCGUGGUCUUCUAAGAGCUGGGCACAGCAGACGGAGGAGAGUUACCAACUACAGUUGGCUUUGGCUCUUCGGCUGUCCUCCACAGCUAUUUGCGCUGAUGACCCCAAUUUCUUGGAUCCCGUGCCGGAUGAGUCGACAUCGCGGGCUUCUUCUUCUGCUGCCUCUGCAGAGACCAUGUCCCAGCGAUUUUGGGUAAAUGGUUGUUUAUCAUAUUUCGACAAAGUUCCCGACGGGUUUUACUCGAUUCAUGGAAUGGAUCCUUAUGUUUGGACUGUCUGCUCCAAUCUUCAAGAAAGUGGCCAUAUUCCAUCAAUUGAAUCUUUAAAGAUCAUGGAUCCUUCCGCUUUGUCUUCAAUUGAAGUCAUUUCAGUUGAUAGACAUAGUGAUCCCAGCUUGAAAGAGCUGCAAAAUUGGAUUCAUAAUGUGUCCUCUAGUUGUAUUAACACAAAGGAAGUUGUUGACCAGCUUGCAAACCUAGUUUGCAAUCGUAUGGGGAGUGCAGCUUCCAAUGGCGAAGAUGACUUGGUUACGAUCUGGAAAGACCAUAGCAAUGACCUGAAGGAUUGCUUGGGAUCGAUUGUGCUCCCUAUAGGUAGCCUGUCCGUUGGACUUUGCAGACACCGUGCACUGCUAUUCAAAGUUUUAGCAGACAUCAUUGGCUUACCAUGUCGAAUUGCCCAAGGAUGUAAUUAUUGUACAAGAGAUAACGCAUCCUCAUGUCUUGUUCGAUUUGGACUCGACAGAGAAUAUCUCGUUGAUUUGGUGGAGAAGCCCGGAUGCUUGUGUGAGCCAGAUGCAUUGUUAAAUGGUCCUUCUUCCAUUUCAAUUUUCUCACCGCUACGCUUUCCUCGAGUCAGACCCGUUGAACCUGCAAUCAAUUUUAGGUUGCUGGCCAGACAGUAUUUCUCGGACUUGCGAACGCUUAAUCUUGUGUUUGAUGAUUCUUCAGCAGCUGGAAUCAAUAUUGAUGGCGAUAUGAUGGAGUCCGUAUAUCCUAAACAACCGGAAGUUCUAUACAUGGAUAGAAUCAGCCCUCAGGCCAGCUCAAGCAAUCAAGUUGAAAUUUCUCAAUUAACACAAUUUCCAGUACAUUCCUGGAUAAAGGUUCUUGAUAGAGAACUAUUGAUUUCCCAACCGUCUAACCCUCAUAACAUAGUCAAAGACUCAGCCCCUCCAAAGCAUAUACCCGCGAUUGUGCAUAAUGAUGGUCAACAACUAAUUGCAAAGCCAUAUCCUAGGAUAAGCCCUAGCAGAGAAGUGAAGAUUGUUGAGGGAGGUAAAGUGGUUCCAUCUAAAUCAAGUGAAUUUGCAUUUGAUUUCGAUGGUCUGAUCAUUCCGCGGAAUGAUCUUGUUCUGAAGGGGACAAUUGGAUCAGCCGGUAUUUUUCAGGAAGUUGCAGUGAAGAUUCUCAUGGAACAAGACUUCCAUGGGAAGCGAUUCAAGGAAUUUUUACAGGAGGUUGCGAUUAUGAAACGAUUACGCCAUCCAAAUAUUGUGCUUUUAAUGGGUGCUGUUACGGAGCCACCAAACUUGUCCAUAGUCACUGAAUAUUUAUCGAAGGGUAGUUUAUAUGUACUUCUGCGUGAUCCCACUGCGAGAGCAGCAUUGAAUGAGAGGCGUCGGUUGUGCAUGGCUUAUGAUGUGGCAAAGGGGAUGAACUAUCUUCAUAAACGCAAUCCUCCCAUUGUUCAUCGUGACUUAAAAUCUCCUAACCUUUUAGUUGACAGAAAAUAUACCGUGAAGGUCUGUGAUUUUGGUCUUUCCCGUUUAAAAGCCAAUACGUUUCUUUCAUCAAAGACAGCUGCUGGAACUCCUGAGUGGAUGGCACCUGAAGUUCUCCGUGAUGAACCAUCAAAUGAAAAAUCAGAUGUAUACAGUUUUGGUGUGAUUUUGUGGGAGCUGGCAACAUUGCAGCAACCAUGGAGUAAUUUGAAUGCAGCGCAGGUUGUAGCGGCUGUUGGUUUUAAGGGUAAACGGCUUGAGAUUCCACGUGAUGUGAAUCCUCAGGUUGCAGCCAUAAUUGAAGCCUGUUGGAUAAAUGAGCCAUGGAAACGCCCCUCCUUUUCCAGCAUCAUGGAAUCCCUGAAACCUUUGAUUAAAUCACCCCCUGCAACUCAACCAGGCAACAGGAAUAAGCGUAUAUUGCCACAGUCAAGCCUUGACGGUUUGUCUGAAAGUAAAGUGACUGCCACAAGAAAAAUGGACGCAUAA